AUGUCGGGGUUCUUUACGUACCGAAACUUCUCUUUACAGGACACGCCUCCUUUGGACGGGAAGGUAGCUGUGGUGACGGGAGGCCAAGCUGGCAUAGGGGAAGAAAUUGUUGCACAGUUACUCUUGCACAAUGUUAGGAAAGUCUACAUUGUAGCGCGAAGCAAAAACAAGUACCUCAGAGCACUAGAGAUCUGGCGACAGCGCCAUGGCAUAGUUCUCAGCGAGAAUGAUGACAGGGUGGAAUUCAUUCAGUGCGAUCUGGGAGACAUCAAAUCCGUAAAGGAUGCAGCGGAUGAGAUUACGGCCAAGACCGACAGACUGGACAUCUUGAUAUGCAAUGCAGGAUUGGGGGUGGCACCUCAGUACAAGAGGUCACCCCAGAAUAUCGAGAUCAUCUUUGCUACUAAUUGCGUCGGCCAUCAGGUCCUGGCCACCCUCCUGCUUCCUCUUCUGAGACGCACAAUAAACCAGGGCAAGGCACAGGAGGCUCGGAUAGUCGUCACCAGCUCAUCUUUUCAUCAAUUUUGCCGCAAACUAGAUCUGGAUUUGCUCACAUCUCCAAAUCGCCCCAAGCCUGCAAUGGUCGACGGGCUAUGGCGUUACGGUCGAUCCAAGCUAGGUAACAUUCUCUUCACAAGAGAACUUGCCCGUCGGCUCGAGCAGGGGACGGAUCCCGCAGAUAGACACAUCUAUGCCAAUGUAUUCUUUCCAGGAAAUAUCGUCAGCGAGCAGUGGAAUUCCUGGGAUGACUACUUUGGAAAAAUAGGAGGCUCUAUAAUGAGACGCCUGUUCUCACUGAUUGGACAGAGCACGCAGGAUGGUGCUGCAACAGCCAUUUAUCUAGCUGCGAGCCAAGCAAUUCGAGAGAAUGGAACGCGUGGUCAAUACUUCAUUCCUAUUGCAACCCCUUGCAAAACAACUCCGGUUGCUGCUGAUAUGAAGCUUGCUCGCGAACUUUGGGAUUGGAUAAAUGCCCGAGCGACAGAGACUCUAGGUUCAAACUGGCAGGGCGAGGCUGGCGUGGGUUCGUCCAAUCGCAUCUAG